AUGAUCAGCUCAUACUGUAAUUCUGCAUAUGGUGUUUUAUUUUGUUUGACAGAAUCAAAGGCCAAUGCACCGAAAUUAACUUCUCAAGAUUCAAAGGUCAAAGACGUGCCGCUGGAAUUGCCAAAGCCAUCGAGGCGCCACAACUCAACCGGAAUAUCCUCAUUCAAUUCCUCCAGCCAGGAGCAGGGUGGCGAGGGAUCACGGCGUUCAAGGCGUCGUCCGUCCAUGGGUGGCUCGAUGGACUCCGCCCCGGAUUUAACCGAUGGGACCAAACAAUCAAGGAGGCACCAAAGGACAGGCUCUAUUGGGGAUCCAUCAGCGUCGGACCCGCCUGGUCUCCCAAAGAAGGCUCAUCGUAAGAAGUCCAAGGGUGGUGGCGGAGGCGCAUCUAUAAAACCAUCUAGAUCAAAAGCUCCAGCAAAUGGCGAUGGGAUUGGGUCUGAAUUGCAGAGCACUGACCCAUAUCCAACCUCAGCUUCAAAUCCACAUGGAGAAGAUGAAGAAGAUGAAGACGAAAGGACGUGACGUGAUGGGGUUUCUUCAAAAUUUGUAAAGAAAGAAAGAAAGAAAGACUCAUUCAGAUUUUUCCAUCUGCAAAUUCCUGUUUUUUUCACCCGUGUUUUCUUGAAUCUUUUUGUUCUAACAAUUUUAACUGUUAGCCUUGCUUAGUUGAAACCUGAAAUCAAGACAUUCGUUCUCUUAUAUGCACUAUAUAUACUUGGCUCCAAAAAAGAAAGUUUGGUUUUGAAAUUUCUUCGAUGUAUGAAAUUCAAGCUCUGAAAUUUUUUCCUUUUCUUC